CACAGACACACACACGCAGAGCACCUCCAUGCACACAGACACAAACACGCCCCGUGCGUCUCAUUUACAGGCUGUCUUUCCCGCUGACAACACUCCGGUUUCCGUUGGAGAGGGACAGAGAGAGAGUGGAAAAAAUGGGGCGGGGAAUUCCAGCCUUGUUCACUUCUCUUCUCUGGGAUGGUCGGGAGACUCGGCUGGGAGGAGAAAAGUGAGAGGGGGGGGAAAGUGAAAUCAAGGUUUUCUCUUGUCUUGGUUUUGUCAGCGAGUGUUUGGGCAGAUUGAGGACUGGUAACGAUUACGCAGCGCACAGCUCUCUCCUGACCUCAGCUGUCUGGAUGGAAUUAUUGGACCGACUGUCACUGAGAUGUGUACAGACACAAGAUGCGGCGGCUACACAUCUCUUGGUCGGGGAUGGGACUUCUACUUCUCUUCAUUUUCACCACAGGUCAGGAAGCCGACUGGAAUUCCUCGGAGCGUCAAGGCCCUUGGAUGGGUGUGUCUUCAGUCCAACGCACCGAAAGCUUCGACGGCGACGGAACUGCCCGGAACAUGACCAAAUACAUGUUGACUCUGACGGGACGGAGGGGUGAUGGGAUGGGAGAGAGGGGAGAGAGGCGAGAGAGGGGUGAGAGGGGUGAGAGGGGUGAUGAUAUGGGAGAGAGGGGAGAGAGGCGAGAGAGGGGUGAGAGGGGUGAGAGGGGUGAUGGUGGAGAGAUGGGAGAGAGGGGAGAUGAGGGCAGUCUUCAACCAUCUGAAAGCUUUGUGGGAGAUUUAGAGUUGGACUGGAUCCCUGGUUCUACCCCCACCCUACAGGGGCCGUCAACCUGGUCCUCUCCCCAGGCGGGGCUCACCGUGGCUGGGCACGCCGAUAGGGAAGUCCCCCUGCUUCCUGAGGAAGAACCAGACAAUAGAAGGGAUAUGUCUGGAACUCCUCAGUCUGUUGACCACGUCACUACAGGGUACAACCCUGCCAGGAUGAACACGCACACGGACACACACACUGACACACACACCUUACCCAUGGUCCCUGCCAGAAUGAACACACCCACGGACCAACACACACACUCACCCACA